AUGUGCCGUUCGAGACGCCUGACUUUAUUCCGACGACGGCCGUCCCGACGCUCAAAUACGAACGACUCAGCCACCACUUUCAGGCGGCGAAGGCACGCGGGUUUCACCUCUGAAAUUUUCGACGGUCAGUGCAUACUCGACUCGAUCAAAUACCAAAUAGUUGAAAAGAAUUUAAUAUUGAUAAAAUGGCUUCUUCCUCAGUGGCGAGGACCUCCAAAUACUCGUAUCGUUCCUCAGGAACUGCAGGUGGUGCCGCCGAUGUCAGCAUCGAAUACAGCGCGGACUUGACUGCUCUUUCUAGGCUUGAGGAUAAAAUCCGUCUCCUUCAGGAUGACCUCGAAAUUGAAAGAGAACUUAGAGCUAGAAUCGAAAGAGAAAAGGCCGAUCUCAGCGUACAGGUAAUCCAGUUAACUGAACGUUUAGAGGAAGCUGAAGGUGGUGCGGAAAGUCAGUUUGAAAUCAACAAAAAACGCGACACAGAAUUAUUGAAGCUUCGUAAGCUUUUGGAAGACGUACACUUGGAAUCCGAGGAAACGGCCGCCAUUUUGAAGAAGAAACAUCAAGAAAUCGUCGUCGAUUUCCAAGAACAAAUUGAUUCUUACGCUAAAGCUAAAACUAGGGCCGAAAAAGAAAAAAGCAAAUUCCAAACUGAAAUCUAUCAACUUCUAGCUCAAGUUGAAAGCGUCACCAAAGAACGCCUAAUUGCUAUCAAGCAAGUUGAAAAAUUAGAAGUAACCGUCAACGAAUUAAACAUCAGAAUCGAAGAAUUGAAUCGUACCAUCGUUGAUAUAACUUCCCACAAAACUCGCCUUUCCCAAGAAAACAUCGAAUUAACCAAAGAAGUCCAAGAUCUUAAAGUUAAUAUAGAAAACGCUCUCUAUCUCAAGUCGCAGCUCGCCGGUCAAUUAGAGGAUGCCCGCCGCCGAGCUGAGGAUGACGAGAGAAGACGUUCCCUUCUGGAAGCCAAUCUCCACCAGGUCGAAAUCGAGCUCGAAUCAGUCCGCGUACAACUUGAAGAAGAAAGCGAAGCCCGUCUCGAUCUAGAACGUCAAUUAGUUAAAUCCCAAGGUGAAGUUCAAGUUUACAAAUCGAAAUAUGAGACCGAAGUCGCCGCUCGCGCCGAAGAAGUCGAAGAACUCCGUCGUAAAUUCAACGCCAGAAUCCAAGAACAAGAAGAACACAUCGAAUCUCUGUUGGUUAAAGUUAACAAUCUCGAAAAACAAAAAUCUCGUCUACAAUCCGAAGUCGAGGUUCUCAUUAUCGAUUUGGAGAAAGCUAAUAACACGGCUAGAGAACUCCAGAAACGCGUCGAACAACUUGAGAGAAUCAACAUCGAUUUAAAAACGCGUCUCGAUGAAACCGUUCAAUUGUACGAACAGAGUCAACGCGAUCUUCGUAACAAGGUCACCGAACUUCAACGCGUCGUACACGAAUUGGACAAGACUCGCGAACAAAAGGACCAGCUCGCUAGAGAAAACAAAAAAUUAUGCGAUGACCUUUCUGAUUCCAAAAAUACCAUCAGCGAGCUUACUCGUCGUCUACAUGAACUCGACUUGGAGGUUCGUCGUUUAGAAAACGAACGCGAUGAGCUGACUGCAGCUUACAAAGAAGCUGAAGCUGGACGUAAAGCUGAAGAACAACGUGCUCAACGUCUAUCUGCUGAGCUCGCUCAAUUCCGUCAUGAAGCCGAAAAACGUCUACAGGAAAAAGAUGAAGAAAUUGAAGCUAUUCGUAAGGCUACCAGCAUCGAAAUCGAACAGCUUAAUGCCCGCGUCGUCGAAGCCGAGACUAGACUCAAGACCGAAGUAACUCGCAUCAAGAAGAAACUUCAAAUCCAAAUAACGGAAUUGGAAAUGUCCUUGGACUCCGCCAAUAAACUGAACAUCGAUCUCCAAAAGACCAUCAAGAAACAAUCUCUACAGCUAACCGAAUUACAAGCUCAUUACGACGAAAUCCAACGUCAAUUACAAGUUACUUUGGAUCAACUCAGCGUGUCUCAAAGGAGAGUUCAAGCACUCACAGCUGAAUCUGAAGAAAUCAGGAGCAAUUAUGAAAGUGCUCUUCGUGGUAAGAGACAAGCUGAACAACUUGCUGAAGAAGCUGGAACUCGUGUCAACGAACUCACUACAAUCAAUGUCAAUCUAGCUUCCGCUAAGAGCAAAAUCGAACAAGAAUUAUCGGUCGUUAUUUCGGACUACGAAGAAAUCAACAAAGAACUUCGUAUAUCCGACGAACGUUACCAACGCGUGCAGGCCGAAUUGAAACACACCGUCGAAAUCCUUCACGAAGAACAAGAACGCGUUGUAAAGAUCGAAGCUAUAAAGAAGAGUCUUGAAAUUGAAGUAAAGAAUCUGUCUGUAAGAUUAGAAGAAGUCGAAGCGAACGCGAUCGUAGGAGGAAAACGUAUAAUUAGCAAACUGGAAGCACGUAUUAGAGACAUCGAAGCUGAAUUAGACGAAGAAAAGAGACGUCACGCCGAAACCAUCAAAAUCUUACGUAAAAAAGAACGUACUGUUAAGGAGGUUAUGAUCCAAUGCGAAGAAGACCAAAAGAAUAUUGCCCUCUUACAAGAAAGUUUAGAUAAAGCCAAUUCGAAAAUUACCAUAUUCAAGAGACAACUUCAGGAAGUCGAGGGUGUAUCUAGUCAAAGUAUAACUCGCGUGCGCCGUUUCCAAAGGGAAUUGGAAGCAGCUGAAGACCGCGCCGAAACCGCCGAAAGUAGUCUCAACUUAAUCCGCGCCAAACACCGCACUUUCGUCACCACCAGCACCGUACCCGGCUCUCAAGUCUAUUUGGUACAAGAGCAACGAGCAACUUCCGAAAUCUAACCAUUCUACACACUAUAGCUACUAAUAGACUGCCUACAACAGCCUUUCAAUAUUUUAUUUAAAUUAUUAUACACAUACAUCAGAAUUGCUAUUUAAAUAAAAUAAUAUCAAAACUUCAACUGGAGUAGUAGCCACUGCUAGUUUUACCUCAAAAUUUGAAAUGAAAAACGUCGCUGUAAUGUAUGAAAGAUACGUUCCACAAAAUUCAAUAU